UCCCUAGCUUUUUCCUGGGUUCUUCUCUCACCCAGCACCUGGGGCUGGCUCUUGGGACUGCAGGUAGGAUUCAGAGGAAGAGCGUGCGGCAAGCCCUUCUGAAAUGAGCCAGCGGAAGAAACCUAAGAGUCACGGUCCUGCCGGCCAUGGGUCUAGUGCCAGGGACCUUGCCUCAGAGAAGUACAAGGACUACUGUGCUGUGGUAAUAGACACUGGCACUGGCUACACCAAGAGUGGGCUGGCCGGGGACGAGAAACCGCGGUCCAUCCUGCCGAGCUGCGUAGGGGUUCCCAAGAUCAGGACCAAGGACAGCCCCCUAUAUUACAUUGGGGAAAGCAUCCCACGCAGGAGCUCGGAGGUGAUCACGAGCAUGGUGAUGACCCAUGGUGUGGUGACUGACUGGGACGCCCUAGAGAUGUUAUGGCACCACAUCUUCAACAGAGAGCUCAGUGUGUGCCCCAAGGAGCUGGCCGUGCUGGUCACAGAUGCCCCCCUCUCUCCAACCACCAACCGGGAGAAGAUGGCCGAGUUGCUGUUUGAGAGCUUUGAGGUGCCGGCAAUGCUUGUGGCCCACCAGUCCCUGCUCUCGGUAUAUUCCUAUGGGCGCACCAGUGGGCUAGUGAUUGGCUCUGGCUAUGGGACCUCGUACACCGCCCCUGUCCACGAUGGCUACAUCCUGCCUCACGCCACCUACCGGCUGGACAUGGCAGGCAGCAGGCUGACGCGUUACCUAGCCAAACUGAUGGGGGAGUGCGGGAACCCCUUCCAGGAGGAAGAGCUGGAGCUGGUCUGCAAGAUAAAGGAGCAGUGCUGCUACAUCCCCGAGGACUUCCAGGCUGAGCUGAAUGGGGACGAGAAGAAAUACCUCAUGGACUUCACCCUUCCCGACAAGCAGGUCAUCUCCAUUGGCAGUGAGCGCUUCCGCUGCCCUGAGGCGCUUUUUACCCCCUCCGUCCUCGGCUUCCCUGAGGUGGGCAUUCACAUCCAUGCCAUGAACAGCAUCAGGAAGUGCAAGCCAGAGCACCAGGCAGAGCUGCUGGCCAACAUGGUGCUGGCUGGGGGAACCACCAUGCUCCGCGGCUUCUCUGAGAGGAUCAAGAAGGAGCUGCUCAGGAUGGAGACAGUGGGCAAGGGGCAAGUGGGCAUCUUGGCUUCCCCCCACCGCAGCUACUCGGCGUGGCUGGGUGGCUCCAUCAUAGCAUCACUCAACGCCUUCCAGAACAUCUGGAUCAGCCGCCUGGCCUACAAUGAGAAAGGAUCCUUUGUAGUCCACCGGCACUGCUUCUGAGCGGGCAAGCUGGGCGGGCACAGGGCAUGAGAGGCAUGGGUACGGGAAAGCCCCUCUAUAAACGCUGCUUACGGGACAACAG